AUGAAGGCCUUUCUCGCUGGCAGCCGCAAGCGCAAAUCGACCGAGGAAGCGCCCCGUCACGAUGCAAACGAUGACGAGCCGACCGAGGUCAAGCUGGCGCUGCUCUCGUCGCUCCAUCCCCAGAUUGAGCAGGAUAUCUUGAUGGAUGUGCUGCUGGCUCACGAUGGCUCCGUCAAGGAAGCGUCGGCCUCGCUGCGCCAUGUGCGCCCGGAGCCGAUCAGGUCCGGCGUGAUUGGCUACCAGCAGUCGCUCAAGCAGUAUGCGCUCCCCUCGGCCGACCCAGCAUCGCCAGCGCAGGCGAAGAAGCUCAAGUCGAAAAAGGGCAGCACACUGCAUCUGUUUGACCCGCAGGACGUGGCCGAGCAUACGCCCUGCUCCAUUAUCCAUAAUUUCUUGCCUCCCGACGUCGCCAACGAUCUGCUCAAGGAGCUGCUGGCGGAAUCGGAGACAUUUGAGCGCAUCACGUUUAAGCUGUUUGACAAUGUAGUCUCCAGCCCGCAUACCUCGAGCUUCUACGUCGACAGUUAUGAAAAGUUAAUGUCGCAAAAAUCAGAAUACUACUAUAAUGGUGCGCAGCUUACUGAUGUCCGGCGCAUCACUCCACAGCUAUCAAAAGUGAAACCCAUUGUUCAAGAGACAGUAAAUCAAGAAAUACAGCAUCGCAUCAAAACUAGACAUCCCGGCGGCAAGAAGCUCAAAUACCAGAGCCCCCAUCCCUGGGUGCCCAACUCGGCAUUUGUCAAUUGCUACAACGGCGCCCAGCAGAGCGUCGGCUACCACAGCGAUCAGCUCACCUACCUCGGGCCGCGCGCCGUCAUUGGCUCCAUCUCGCUCGGCGUUGCGCGCGAAUUUCGGGUGCGCCGCGUGCUCCCCAAGGAUGCCGACACCAGGACCGCCCAGGACGCGGAUGCCGAGGGCCAGAUCUCGAUCCAUCUGCCGCACAACUCGCUGCUCGUCAUGCAUGCUGAAAUGCAGGAGGAGUGGAAACACUGCAUCGUGCCGGCGCUGUCGAUUGACCCCCACCCGAUUGCCGGCAACCGACGCAUCAACAUCACCUAUCGUGACUACCGCGCUCGCAUGCACCCAUCGGAGACGCCGCGGUGCGCAUGCAAGAUUCCCUGUAUCUUGCGCGUGGUGCAGCGCAAGCGUGAAAAUUUUGGAAAAUAUUUCUGGAUGUGCCAUGCUGGCAAUGUCCCAGAUAAGGAAGGGUGCUCUUUUUUCCAGUGGGCAGAGUUUGACGACGAUGGGAAUCCGAUAUUCAAUAAGAAGUUUGGAAAACCGCCGUAA